UUGCUUAUCAAACAACCCCGUUCAUGUAACCGUACAGCCAGACUCCGCACUUCAAGCUCAUCUCAGUCCCACGUAUCUUUAAUAUUGAUCAACCAUGGGUGGCCAGGCGUUCGCAGACUUGGAGUCCGUCCACAAAGCGCCCAUCAAUGUGCCACGCCUGCCACCAGCCACCUAUCAAACCAUUGCCUCGCACAUUCAGACCAAGUUGAAAACCCUCUUCGCCCGCGUCGUUAUACCACGCGAAGCACCGGGCAAGCUCGAUCAUGGCGAUAUUGAUUUCCUAGUCUGCGGUAUUCUCUCCCUCUCCCCCUCCCCCUCCCCCUCCCCCUUCCCACCCCCCAAAGCCAGCGAAGACGCCAAAAUCAGCGCCCACCACGAAGAAACACAGAAAGUAUGGGAAUCCGUUCAGACUCUCCUCGAAUGCGAACCCCAUCUCCACAUCUCGCGCGGCACAUCGCACUCCUUCGGGAUCCCACACCCAACCAUCCCAACGGCGCUCGUCCAAGUCGAUGUAGAGCUAUGCCCCAACGACGACCUCUUCGCAUGGACGCACUUCCUGAAAUCCGACUCGGACCUCCUCCAGAUCAUCGGAAGCAACCACCGCCAUCUCGGACUCACAAACAACGACCGCGGCAUGCACGUCCGCGUCGCGGAGAUUGAACCGUACGACAAGAAAAAAAGCCUCAUCUCCCUGACGCGCGACCCGGAUCAAGCCAUGGAAAUACUUGGUCUCGAUAUCGAGGAGUACCACGCUGGCUUUGCGACCGAGGAGCAGCUUUUCCAGUGGGUAGCGCGGGGCAGGUUCUUUUCGCGGAGAGUGUUUGAAGAUCGGAGCGGAGUCGAGAAACACAACGAUCGCGCGCGGAUGGCUAAACGGCCCAUGUUUCGUCGUUUUGUGCUGGAAUACGUCCCUGCUCAUCCCGAGAUUGGACAGAGCGAAGGCGAGGAGUGGACGCGCGAACGAGUACUAGGGGAGGCGCUGAACAUGUUUUCAAAGCACGGCGAGUACGAGCGUAUGAUGGGGGAUCACCGCGUCAAGGAAGCUGAGGAGGCGUUUUGGAAGAGAGUCAAGGAGGUGGUUCCCGCGCAGGGAAACAGUCUAGCGUCUGCGGUCAAAGGCUUGAGGCGAUGGGUCGAUUUUGAGGAUGGGAUGCCGUAUAUCACGUCUACUCGCGUCGAGGAGACGCCGAUUUGGACCCAAAAUUUCCCAUUGGGAUCUCUGGAUACAGUGAUGGAUUGGAUCGUGCGGAAUUGGGGUACUGCAAAAGCGCUGGAAAAGAAGCAUGCGCAGGUCGCAAGGGAGAGCACAGCGAACAAUGCAGGUGUGCGAUGA